CCUUCCUUCUCCGUCUUCCUUUCCAUCUUUUUUUUUCCCCUCGUCAACUCUUGAGAUUAUUAGGUGAAAUUAAUUACACAGAGGGAGAAAGAGGAGAAGAGGAGACAAGGAGAUGGCGAUCCUCUACGCUCUGGUGGCGCGGGGAUCGGUGGUGUUGGCGGAGUUCAGCGGGGCCACCACGAACGCGAGCGCCGUGGCGCGGCAGAUACUGGAGCGCAUACCCGGUGCCACCGAUACCCACGUAUCGUACUCCCAGGACCGCUACGUCUUCCACGUAAAGCGCACCGACGGCAUCACGGUCCUCUGCGUCGCCGACGACACCGCCGGCAGAAGAAUUCCUUUUGCAUUUCUUGAGGAUAUUCAUGGAAGAUUUGUGAGGACAUAUCGUCAUGCUUGUCACACUGCCCCUGCUUAUGCAAUGAAUGAUGAGUUUUCUCGGGUGUUAAGUCAACAGAUGGACUACUAUUCAAAUGAUCCUAAUGCAGAUAGGAUGAAUCGCAUCAAGGGUGAAAUGAGUCAGGUGCGCGAUGUCAUGAUAGAGAAUAUUGACAAAGUACUAGAAAGAGGAGACCGAUUGGAGUUGCUGGUUGACAAAACUACAAACAUGCAAGGAAACACUAUUCGCUUUAGGAAACAAGCUCGUCGUUUUAGGAAUACUGUUUGGUGGAGAAAUGUUAAACUCACGGUUGCUCUGAUUCUACUUAUCCUGAUCAUAAUAUAUGUCGUGCUUGCAUUUGUCUGCCAUGGCAUCGCUUUGCCAUCUUGUAUCAGGUAGAAUGAGUUUUUUUUUUUUUCUCCUAUGGUGGUUACAAGUUGUGAACCCAACAUAUCUAUUGAGUGUGCGUGCAUUAUAUUGGUUUCAGUUCGUCCGUUGACAUAUUUGAUGUGACUACCUUUGGGAAAGAUCUGUAAUUAAAAUGAUAUUCUCUAUUAUUGGUGAUGUCGGUUUUGAUCAA